AUGAUCAGCUUUGUCAUAACAUUGAUAGUGUUUAAGAAGUUCCAGCAGGUUAAUAAGGAAUUCACAUACUAUGAGUUGCUAAUGAGCCAUUAUAAAUUUGCUCUCUAUGUAUUGUUACUGGUAUGCCCUUCAAUAUCUACCAAUGGGAGUGACAACAAGCAUUGGAUUUAUUUCGCCCUUCAUCACAUCAAUCCUUAGUUAUUUUAUUCUGAAAGAAACUCUAAUGAAACUAGAGAUACUCAAUAUGCUAGUCUGUUUUUCUUAAGGAAACUCAAAGGAGUUCACUUUACUAUUACAAAUGGAUUUUAUGGGAUAUUCUUAGCUGUAUUUUCUACAUUAUACUGGUAUGUUUGCAGAAAAUUGCCUAACCCAGAUCUCUAAUACAACUUUGAUUUUUACUAGAUUGAGCUAUUAAUUCUCACUGCCAUAUUUUCAAAUUUUGCAAAUUAAUUCGCAAUUAUGGCACUAAAAUAUGACAAAGCAGGGAGAAUACAUUCUCUCUCUUUCUUCCAGGUCUUAUUUUCAUUUUUAGGAGAUAUCUUAAUCUUUGGCUAUAACUUUACAUCUUAGUAGUUAGUAGGAGCAGUAGUCAUAAUUUCAUGCUCGAUUGUAAUAAUGCUUUUGAAAUACUUUAUGAAAGAUGAAUGA